AUGUGGUGGGGCCAAUACAGGGCCAAUUGCUCGGGGACGAACCCAGGUACCUGCGUGCCAUGUGCUUCAUGCGGUGCCGGGGAGUACAACAAGGAUUGUGUGAGUGUGAACCCUGGGACUUGCACCGCCUGCCCGACGUUGCAGUGUUCUAGUGGCCAGUAUCUGAGUGCCUGCGGCAACCUCACUGCUGGGAGCUGCAUGCCUUGCCAGUCGUGCUCUGCUGGGGACUACAGGAAGGGCUGCUCCGGCACCUCGGAAGGGACAUGCCAGCCGUGUGCCACUUGCGAUCCUGGGACGUACUUAGUGGGGUGUGGGGGUUUGGAAUCCGGAUCGUGUGUCCCCUGUCCGACCUCGGAUUGCAACAGCGGGCAGUACCUGGAGGGGUGCGGGGGGACAGUGGCCGGGACCUGCAAGGAUUGCACCCUGAGCUGCGGUGCCAACCAGUAUACGUCUGUUGUAUGCGGGGGUAUUUCGUCUGGUGCCUGCUCCGACUGCCUUCCUUGCUCUUCGUCUAGCUUCCGGGUUGGCUGCGGUGGAACGUCUCCCGGGGAGUGCCAGCCCUGCACGAUGUGCCCGAGUGGCCAGUACAUGUCGGCGCUCUGUGGGACGAGCACCUCCGGGGCCUGUUCAGUUUGCAACACGUCCUCCUGCUCGGAGGGAGACAUUUUGAAGUACUGUGAGGAGCGGAACCCCGGUGUUUGCACGUACAAACCCCUGCAAUUCUUCAGUGAGACUCUCCCAAGCAAGUGCACCGAUUGGGUGUUCUGCCCUGCGGGGAGCUACCGUGACAGCUGCUCUUCGACAACCUGUAGCAGCUGCCCGGCUGGCACCUUCAUGCCUGCGGAGAAUCGCUACCUCUCCUGCUUGCCGUGUCCCAGGGGUAGCGAGCAGCCAAGCACGGGUCAGACCCAUUGCAGCGAGUGCGGGGCGAGCAGCUACCAGCCCGAUCAGGGAAGCACCGCCUGCCUUGCCUGCAGUGGCGCUGUGUCCACGGGAUAUACCGGGAAGGUUUGCUGCCCUGGCUAUGGGUGGACGUGGUCUGGAAGCUCCUCACCCGUGACUGGGACCUGUGCCCAGUGCAGUGCAGGGACGUACUCGAGCACCAAGGAUGAGACGUGCAUUUCGUGCUUGACUGACAGCUAUGCCCCAGCGGGGUCCACCGCCUGCGUGCAAUGCCACGCGGAUCAGAUUCCAGUGAGCGAGGUCUGUGUGACGACUUGUGUGCAUGGGUAUCUGUACAACAGGUAUCUGGUGUCGGGGAGCUGUCGGUCGGGGGGCGGGGCUUGUCCCUCCGGUCAAUACAUCGAUCUGACGGCGUAUGGCUCGGUCGAUAGGAGCUGUUCUACUAUGCCCUCCAGCCUGCCCUAUGUAGUGACCUACGAUUACACCAAGCAUUGGGUAGAGCAAGGCUCUUGUAUGAAGGGAUUCACCUCGUUCUGCGUCAGCCAGGCCCUGGACCAGCAGUCCCUUGCGCAGAAUCUGAACGGGGUGAUGCUGUACAGCUGCUCCUGCAAGGCCAACUACUACGUUGCCUACGAGCCCAGUGCGAGCAUUCUGCCAUCGGUGUGCCUGAAGCUUGGGUUGUCUGAUGCAAGCAUGUACUACUGCAAGCCAUGCCCGCAGGGGUCCUUCUCGCUUGCCGCGGACGUUGGCUGUGUGGCGUGCCCACAGGGGGAGGAGCCGGAUAGCACCCUGACGAGCUGCCAGUCCUGUUCAGUCGGGAAAUACAGCCGGUACAACGCGGAGUACGGCUACUACUGGUGCGACACAUGCCCGUUCGGGACGUUCUCUGCGGACGUGAAGCAGACUUUCUGCUCGGACUGCCCCGCGGGGAGUUACCUUCCGUCCCCCGGUGUGUGUGAGCAGUGUCCCGUUGGUACCUACCAGAACCAGGCCAGGCAGGUCUCCUGCAAUCCCUGCCCUAGGGGUUCGACCUCAGUCCAGGGGUCUUCCUGCUGCGAGGGGUACUACCUUGUGGAUGGGACAUGCCAGCAGUGCCCGAGCUGUGCCCUGGGCCAGUACAGGUAUGGAUGUGGCGGUGGGAGCCAGGGCGCCUGCAGGCCGUGCCCUUCCUGUAGCGCCGGGCAGUACUUCCCUGGCUGCAACGGCGUGUCGAAUGAAACCUUCUGCAUCGACUGUGGGGCGUGUGGGGACGGGACAUACAGGAUGGGCUGCUACGGUAGCAGCCAGGGCUCGUGUGAGAGCUGCGAUUACUGCGGUGACAAUCGGUAUGCUUUGGGUUGCGGGGGGCAGUCCGCGGGCAAUUGCAAGGCCUGUGCGUCUUGUUCCCCUGGAAAUUACGCUGCCGGCUGCGGUGGGAGCAGCGCUGGCUCUUGCUACCCUUGCACGGUUUGCAGCGCGUUUGAGACCCUUGUGGGGUGCGGUGGGACAUCGCCCGGGUAUUGCCAGUCCUGCACGGAUUGCCCCGUUGGGGAGUACAGGAGGGACUGCACAAGCGCUUGCGAGCCCUGUGUUGGGUGCGCCGAGGGUGAGUACAGAGUGGGAUGCGGACGGUUCGGCCCUGGUUUGUGCGAGGCGUGCCCUGCCUGCCUAAGGAACCAGUACCGGGCGGGCUGUCAGAACGACACAUCCGGGUAUUGCACCCCGUGUCCCAUUUGCCAGACGACCGAGGUGCUGGUGGGUUGCGGCGGCGCUGCCGCAGGGAUUUGCGUGCCGAAGUCGGAUAUCCCUGCCUAUUGCCCGCUCGGCAUGCACUACAGCAACGGUGGUUUCGCCUGCCCUUGCAUAUCCAUUUGCCCCUUGAACAGCUACUCCGUCGGCGUAUCCACCAACUGCACGCCCUGUGCCCAUGGGCAGUAUGCGCCGCAGGGUUCUUCAGCCUGUACAGACUGCCCUCCUGGCACGCGGAUGCAGUACGGCGAGGGUGGUGGCUGCCCCGAGUGCGGUGCCGGGACUUACUCGGAGACGUACCGGGCCGCGUACUGUCUGCAGUGCCCACCGGGUAAGUUCAACAACGCGACGGGCAUGUCGGUCUGCUACGACUGCGGUUUGGUCCGCCGCUCACGGGUCAACACCAGCAUCCCCGAGGGCUGUGCUUGUGCGCCAGGGUACUACGACGUGGACGGGGACUGCGUACCGUGCAGCGACGGGUUCUACUGCGAGGUGGCACCCUAG